GUUGUAGAGCUUAAAUGAAAGGAGGAAGAGUCUCCUUUUGUGCAAUCACUACACCACUACCAUUACAGACCAUCAUAUGCGAACCAAAGAGAGUGUGAGAAAGAAAGAAAGAAAAGAGGAAGAAACCACUCUUCUGUGGCCUGGGUUAGGGUAAUAUGGAGGUCCGGAAGCCAAAUACGAAGUCAGAAUCGCCAUUGGAGGUUCGUAGAAGCUCAUGGGAGGCUCGUCGAAAAGUUGCGUCGGCGGCACCGGCGUCGUCGACUUCAACAAAACUCCAAAAGGCUGGUACCAUGACAAAGAGGACGAUCCCAGGAGCAUCCCAGUUUCGACGAAAUUAAAUUUGGAGGUCUGUAGAUACCUCGUCGGAGCUUCGCCGGAACGUCGCCGGAGUGUCGCCGGAUUCUGGAAAAAUAAACUUCAACAAAACUUCAAAAGAUGAAUAUGGUUGCGAAGAGGGCGAUCUCAGGAGCGUCACGGUGUCGACGAAAUCGAAUUCGGACGUCGGAUGAGGGAGAACCGAGUCUCCCAAGUUUGAGGAAGAAUAUGUCAACCAUCCAGGAUCGUGAGAACGAGGAGAAUAUUUUGAAACCAAGAUCUGGAAUUUCCAGAGCUUUCACAGAAUCGGAUUUCGUCAUAAAUAAGGUGUGUGGGCUUACGGUAAAAGGGAACCGGAAUUACGUGUUUAUUUCUAAAUACGCAUGAUUGAGUUGAUGAUUAAUGAUUAUGAUGGAUUUGUGAUUGGUUCAUGGUUGUGAUAUUGGAUGAAAUUAUUGAUGAAGCUAACUGAUUGUUAUGAUAAUAAUUAUUAUUAAUCUCGUAUUGGAAUUGUUGAUGUAUUUGGUGAACUCCGAAUAUUUUCCGAAAAGGUCUAUUGAGAUCAGAAUAAGGAAAGGAAAUUUGAGGAAUCUUGAGACGACAUUAGUCAUGAUAUAUUAUCAUGACAAUGAUUAUAGUGAUAAUAAUUGACUUUGCGGAAUUAAUUGAAGUUAUGACGAUAAAAGGGUGAAAUUGGGUAUUUAUAAAUUGGAUUAGUAUAUGAAAAGGAAUUCUGGUCAGAAUAAUUACAUCAAAGGAUUUGUGAUCUUUGUUGGAUUUUUUUGGAUGAAUGAAACCGGUUUCUACGUGGUUUCGUUACUAAAGGGAACGUAUUAUGAUUUUCAGAAUAGUGGUGAUUAAGAGAAAAUUAUUUAAACUAGAGUGUGAGUUCAAAGUGAUUACCAUGAGUAAUUUUAUCUUGGAUUUAAUUUGAUUUACGUUUUAUGAUUAAUUUUGAGAAAUGGUUAAUUGAGUAUUUAAUUGAAAUAUUGAAAAUAGUCUUAUUAAUGAAUCAUGACGAACUAUGAUUUAGUUUGUACUUUAAGAAAUAAUUAUUGAGAGAUGUGUUAUUAGGGGAGACCUUUUCAAAUGAACUUUGAUAAUCAUGAGAAUUAUAUAUAUGAGUAUGGUCCUUAGAAUGGUUUAAAGU